ACGAAUACUUGAGUCAUUGAUUUUAAGAAGAAUGUAAAAAGUUUAAAACCUUGGAUAAAUAUCAAUAAAUAAAUCUAUAGUGGUCAUGCCAUGUGAUCAUGUCGGCUCCCGAUUUUUCAGUGAGUGGCGUCCAAAUUCCGGUACAAAAGCUAAAAAAUUUAAAUAAAAUAAAAUUACAACUGAAGCAAACCAUUCUAUCCGAAGGGAAUGAAGUGAGAGGAGGUUGCAUUCUUCCGAAUGGAAACUUGGUUUUUACGGACUACUCGGAAACCCGACAGUGUCUGGCCGUUUAUAAGAAAGAUGGAACAUUUCUGUAUGAUAUUCCAUUAUCACCAGUGUCAGCUUUUGGUAUUGUCUCGUUUGUAAAAAGCACCGUUGUUGUUUCUGGUGGCCAUUCCAAAACUAUUUCCGUAGUAGAUGUAAACAAUAAGAAAAUACUGGCCUCAAUUCAAACUGAUUGUGGUUGCUAUGGUAUAACAAAGCAUAAAGGACAGAUUCUAUUCUGUGGAGAAAACACUGGAAUUCUGAAGUAUGAUGUGGACAGAAAAACAAUUUCUUUGUUCAUUAGUGAUAAGACAGUAUCAACGUAUUCAAACAUAAUUUCAAAUGGGGAAAAAAUAUGUUAUACAAACCCCCACGUUGUAACACUCCUUGAUUCACAGGGAAAGAAACUAUUCCAAAUCCGAGAUGACAAUUUGAUCAAAUCUCCACGAGGGAUAGCUAUGGAUGAAUUCAUGAACAUAUACCUGGUCGGUUUAGAUUCUCAUAACCUUGUUGUUAUAAGCCCGGAUGGAAAAGACAAACUGGAGUUACUAUGCAGGAAGGAUUGUGGUCUAAAGUUUCCGGCAGCAGUUUAUUAUGAUAGUGGACAAUUACUUAUAUGUCAAGGAUUUGGUUGGGCAUUUCUAUAUGUUGUUAAAUGAUGUAAAAAAAUCCAAAUAAACAGUUAGUUCUU